GAGGUGGAUAUAAUUAUUCGUACAUCUUCAAAUACAUUAUUGUCGGAGACAUGGGUGUCGGGAAAAGUUGUCUUAUGCACCAAUUCACGGAGAAGAAAUGGUAUUUUUAAAGUUAUCCCGGAUUGUCCACAUACCAUUGGCGUGGAAUUCGCUACCAAAAUAAUCGAACUUGAUGAUCAAAAGAUUAAGUUGCAGAUAUGGGAUACUGCAGGUCAGGAGCGUUUUCGUGCGGUUACCCGGUCAUAUUAUCGGGGUGCUGCUGGCGCGCUACUGGUGUAUGACAUAACCCGAAAAUCCACAUUUAAUCGGAUACACACCUGGCUUUCGGAUGCCCGACGACUUACCUGUCACAACACAGUAGUUUUCCUAAUAGGCAACAAGGCCGACCUAGAGGAGCAACGUGACGUUAGUUACGAAGAGGCGAAACAACUGGCUGACGAAAACGACCUGAUGUUUCUGGAGUGCAGUGCCAAGUCCGGAACCAAUGUGGAUGAUGUAUUCAUUGAGACUGCACGCAAAAUUUACCAGAAUGUUCAAGAGGGGAACGUCAACCUCAACAGUGCCGAAGGAGGUAUCCUAAGCAAGGGUUCAAUCGGCUCGGGCAACUGGUUAGAGCGCGAAUUUACUGACCGGAAGGUUCGUGGUUCGAACCCGACCUCUGCCUCUCGACUUCCCCUGGCUAGACUUCAGCAACCUGGCAGUAUUCCGGCCCUCGUGUCUCCUUCGUGUGGCAUGGCAGCUAGGCAUCGGAAGGGUGCUACAGCUGAACGAUUCGCAUCUAGCAAUUUUCAAACCCAAAACACUCCAUUAAUAUCUACACCCUAUACCAUUCAUUUACGCAUAGAUCAGCUGUGCCCCUCCCCACCAAGCGAUUUGUUUGUGCGAACCUUUGACGAAUUCUGGGUGGGGACCGAGAUACGGAGCAGAACUAGCAAAGUUUGUGUGACACCCAAAGCCGAUUCUAGGGAUACGUCGGUGGGAUUGGAAAACAUAACAUGA